AGAGAUACGUCAUUGACAUGUGUGUGACAAAAAUGGUGCCCGUUUACCAGCUGGCAUUAGUUUUGUAAAUGAUAAAAAAUCAACAUCUUUGUUAAUGCUAAAAUAUUGUUAUGGCGUCGGUUCUUGAUUUAGUGAAACAUUAUCAACACGCUAUUGAGAAAUAUCCCAACGACGAGCAUAAAAUUUUAAAAUGUAUAGACAAGUUAUUCAAUCUAAAAGUGACAGUCCAACAUCUACAAGAGACUGGGGUAGGACGGACUGUGAAUGCUCUUCGGAAAGAGCCCGGAGAGGUGGGCCAGGCUUCCCGUGCCCUGGUCAAUAAGUGGAAGUUGAUGGUGGCUGCGGAGGAGAGUGAUGAGGAGGCAGACCACAAUGACACCGCAAACCACAAUGGUUAUGGAAAUGGGAAAGAUUCAGAUGAAAACUCAAAGCGAUUGAUACAAGCAAAACAAGAGAGAAAUGAUACAAGGACCACCAGUUCUAAACAUGAAGAUAGAAAUAGAUACAUGCAGGCAAAUGGUAAACACAGUGGGAGCAAGCGGAGGCAUCACAGCAGUGAGGAAGAACCAGAUGUUAAGAAAUAUAAAAGCUCCUCUGACCGUAACAAUUAUGAUAACUACAAGAGAUCAAAUAUCAAAGUUAAAACAGAACCCAAGACUGAGAGUGAGAGUGAUGAUGAGUCCGAGCAGUCACACAGCGACAGCAGUGAGUCUGAAAUGUCAGACUCCACUGUUGAGGAAGUUAAAGUGAUACGAAAAGAAAUAAAAACUGAACCAGAUCAUAAUAAAUCUUCUAAGCAAUCUUCAACUAGAAAUGAAGAUCACAAGAAAGAAUCAAACUCAAAACAUUCUCAUGAAAGUAAAACAUCCAAAUCCUCUAAACAUGCCUCAUCAGGAUCUAAAGAAAGGCAUAGUUCGGAGAAAUCAUCCACAAAAGAAAACUCUUACGAUUCACAAAAGAACUCAAAAGAAAAAGAAAGCAGUUCAGAUAAGAAACACAAAACUGAUCAGAAAGAAAAAGAUAAAAGACAUAAAGAUGAGUCUAAGUCGAGUAAACACAGUAGUUCAGACAAACACAAAUCAUCUUCACAAACAGAAAAACACAAAUCUUCUUUGCAAACAGAGAGCAGUUCUGAUAAACAUAAAAACCAUGGUGAGAAACACUCCAGUAAGAGUGAAAAACACAGAAGUUCCAGUCAGUCACACAAAUCUGAUAAAGAUAAGCACAAAAAUUCGUCAGAAAAGGAAGUGUCAACUGAUAAACACAAGUCUAAAGAUCACAGUAGUAGUAGUAGUAGCAAAGAGAAACAUAGUUCCUCUAGUAAGGAAAAAAGUAAGGAUAGAAGUAGUACCUCUAAAGAAAAGUCAGAUAGUCAUAAGAGUGAAAAAAAGCACUCGUCGUCGAGUGAAAAAUUGAAAACUAGUGAUAAGACUAAGGACAAAGUUGUUGAUAAAAGUGAGAAGUCGAAACAUAAGUCGAGUUCCUCAUCACAGAAAAGUAGCAAGUCAACUACAAAUACGUCUAGUGACGAUAUACCAAAGAAGACUAAACAAGUGAGUCAUAGUGAAGACAGUGACGACGGCAUCGAUUGUGGAUCAGGAGCAAGUUUUGCUGAAGCCCUGGGUAUGAUCAGUCCAGCAAAACCUAAGAAGAAAUUGGCACCCCUGAAGGAUUCUUGUUCUCCUAGUAAUGCAGAUCUGAGUCCGGCGGCGUUGCUAGCGCCUAGCGCGAAGCUGGCGCCGCUGCCGGCGCUGGAGAUAUCCGCGCUGCCGGAGAUCUCGCCCAACUACAAGCCGCGCCCGCCGCCCAAACUCAUGCCGCACUUCACCGACGAGGAGGCCAUGAGCUCCAUCAUUUCGUCCAAAAACCAAAGAACCAAAGUUUAUUCUGGUAACAAAGUAUUCGGAAAGAUCCCAUCCCUGUAUGAGAUGUGUGUGCACAUCCUACAAGAACAUAUUGAUGCACUAGAAUACACGGGUGGCGUGCCAUACGAAAUCCUGAAGCCCGUUAUAGACAAGGCGACCCCACAGCAGCUGUUCCUGCUGGAGCACUACAACCCCUACCUCAUGGAGGACACCGACCAUCUCUGGCAGAAGUUCUGCGAGAGGCACUUCCGCAAGCAGCAGCGGCAGGAGAUGGAGACUUGGAGGGAGAUGUAUAUGAGGUGUCAAGAAGAGCAGGAGCACAAACUGAAAUCCCUAACGGAGAACAUCAAGAUAGCACAGGAGGCCAAGAAGGCUCCCAUCAAACAGACCAAAAUGGCGUACGUCGACACUGUUGUCAAACCGCCACGAAAUAUCGCACGGAAGCAGGCGCUGCACGGCACAGCGCACGCGGCGGCGGCCAGCCCCGCGGCGCGCGUGGCCGCGCUCGCCGCCGCGCCCGGCGUGCUGCGCGCCGGGCUGCGGCCCGGCCUCGCCCCCCCCGCCCCCGCCUCCGCCGCCUCCGCGCAGGCCUUCAAGCCCAAGAGGGCCCCCCUCAUGGCCAAAGCCCUCCAGUUCAUGCGCGGACGCAAGCGAUGAAUACGCGGCGUUCCCGUAUCGCUCGUACGGUAUUUGUAUCUCGAUAGUGUUUCCAGCGAUAUUUACCUUUUCUCGUGAACGUGGUGUAUAGUGACCGCUCCGUACCUAAGCAAAGUUUAGUUAAUCUGUAAACUGGCCGAUGAUAAGACGUUUCAUGAUUAUGAUUUGGUAAAUCAUGUCUUGUCAAUAUUUUUUAUUAUUUUAAUUUGGAUUAUAAAUUGUCUCGUCUCAACAUAAUGUAUGAGGCGAUGAAAACCAACACAUAGGAAUUCAAGAAGAGAGAUAACUCAUUUCUAAAGAAGUGUCAAACAUCUCCAAUUUAAAACUUGCAAGGCAUAAACCUAAUCACACAGCUACAUAAAAAGUUUGACAAAACCACUCGCACUUGAUAAAGCGAGAGGUGGCUAGACUGCUGACUGCUUAGUAUGUUGGCACUGUAGCGUUCACAAUACACAAUGUUAGCUCAUAUUUUAAUGAUGCGAUUCCUGGAUCAGAUCACCUUGUUUAUGUAAAUAAAUCAUGUUUAUUUAAUCGCAUACUAUAGUGUUUUCGACAACUCAAAAUUUAUGUAGAAUAAUCGUAUCUAAUAAUAAUAAUAUCAUUACAAUACUUGUGUAUCUAAUUUCUAUUUGCACUUUUAUAUUUUGAUCUACAAAAUUACAUUAUAGACCACGAUAAACAUAAAGAAUAACAUUCUUUAUAUACUUACCGCUGUUCUCUUUCGCCACUUAUACAUAUGUUAUGCUCAUACUUAAGAUAAUGUUCCUGAUGAAAACCAAAAAUGAACAGUGUUCAGUAAAAUGAAAUGUAUGUAUAAAUAGAACAAAGUAAUCACAUGUCGAAAUUGAUUUAGGAUUAUAUUUUACAUAUUAGUUAUGUGUUAAAUGUACCCGGAACCAUAUUGCCAAUUUGUAAAUAGCGAAUGAUCAUUGCUUGUAGUCACUGUUUUAGAUUUACGGAAUGUUGAAAAGAACCAAAUGUGCGGGGUGCUGUGAUAUGUUUGAAACAUAACAUAAUGAAUAUGUGAUGUAGGUAUAUGUUUUAUACAGUAUACUGUAUCAACAAAACUUUCUGAAAGGUAUAAUUUUAUAAUUGCGUGAAUAGGAAUGUGACAUAGUUGUAAUAUUUAAUUGUAUAAAUAGUUCUUAAUGUUAGUUCGUCUAAGAUGUAAUGAUGUCUGAAUAUUAGUAGGGUUUCUAGUUUCAACUACAUGCAGGGACCCCAAGUCUAUUCAAUGUGCAAAAAUAUUUAGUCAUAUAAUGUACUUGCUAAACAUUCUCUAAGCAUUUCUUUCGUUUAAAAAUUAUACCUAGAAUAUUGAUUUGUUGAACUCUUCAUUCAUUAUUGAAUAUUUUCAGUAGAAGUCGUUGACUUAAAAUCCCCAGUUCUUGAAUAUUUCAAAACAUUAAUAACACACGCUGUGCUUACUUUUUUUUAUCUUAGAGCUUGAUAAAAACUUAUCAAAAAAUAGGUUAUAAUGAAAUCUGUUUACUAAAUCAUUAUAUAAAUUUAUAAUAUUGUUUCUGUUAGAUGAAACAUUUCUCAGUAAUUAAUUUCUGGGAAUUUACUUAUGACUAAUGUGUUAGGAUGUGUUUUAAAAUAUAUUAUAGUUUGAAACUAGUUUAGCUUACUCAGUAAACUAAAUUAUUUAUUAUUUCUUACUUUCAAAUUAUAUUGAAUUUUAAAACAUCUGUACACUUCAUCAGUGAUGUAUUUAUAUAAUAUAAAAUUGUCUACGUAGACAAAUAUUUUACUUUUCGGAUUUUUGUUAUAGAAUUGCCAUUAUUUAUACAGUGAAUAGACUUAUGUGGAUUUUA